GUUACCGCUAGAGUGCGCUGUGCCGCGACUGCGCUUUCGUUUCUGCGCAUGUGUCGUCUGCUGAUUGCUGAAAUUUUAAACCACUUGUCAAAUAUAAAUAAAGUAAUUUAAUUAUUAUUGAAUAAAAAUAAAACAAUUUGGCUUUUGAAAUAAUCAUUGUAGAUUUUAUACAAUAAAUUGUGUCUGCAUUGUGAAUUUAUUCGAACCUUUAUUUUAUUUACUUAAAUUGUUUGGAAAAGAAUUAUUGUUGGUACACGUGUUUUAAAGUGAUUUCUUUUUACAAAAAAUCUACAUAAAGAUCUAUAGAUGGUGAGAUCAGGGAAUAUUAAUAGAGCCUAAAUAGAUUUCUAUUUAUUUAGUAGAAUUGGUGAAACGCCUUUUUUUAUUUUAAUUGUAUUCUUGUCGACUUUUGAAGAAAAAUGAUGGAAGUUCGAAUAAACGAUGUUGUAAUGCCAGGAGACAUUAUAAAGGAAGUUUUUCCAAGUAAAGGGAAAAUUAAAGUGAUUUUGGGUCCAGGACUUCGCCGUGAAGGAGAUUAUGUUUUUAUUUGUAAAGCCGGUGUUUUAAAGAAACGCGAUCCGUUCAUUUACUACGUCAAUAGCUAUGAGAAAAGAUACGUUCCAAACCGGGGGGAAAACGUAGUAGGCGUAGUAACUCAAAAAGCUGGCGACAUUUUCAAAGUGGACAUAGGGGCCAGUGAACAAGCCUCUCUUUCUUACCUAGGCUUUGAAGGUGCCUCCAAACGAAACCGCCCAGACGUCCAGGUUGGCGACGUAAUUUUCGGAAAACUACUUGUUGCCAGCAAAGACAUGGAGCCAGAGCUCGUUUGCGUCGAUUCGCUCGGCAAAAAGGGGAAAUUGGGCGUCCUAAAUCCCGACGGUAUGUUGUUUUCCUGCUCGUUGAGUCUCGUGCGAAAGAUUCUAAAUCCGGAGUGUCCCCUCUUCAAACUUCUCGCAAAAGAGCACAAAUACGAGCUCGCAGUUGGGAUGAACGGGAAAAUUUGGAUUAAGGCUGGACCCUCAGUGGAAGAAACGAUUGCCGUCGCAAACGCAAUUCUAGCUGCUGAAUUCACUCCUCCUGACGAAAUGCCGGCUCUUUGUUCCCAGAUUGCUAAAAUACUUUUCAAAAUUAGAUGACGAAAAAAUAGUUAAGAGUAAGCAGACUGAAAUUAGAUAAUCAUGAAUUUAAGUAAUAAAGGGUGUGCCCUCAUCUGGACAACCUGGAAACCCUGGAAUUGUCAGGGAAUUUUUAUGUGUCUGGAAAAACCAGGGAAUGUCCGGGAAUUUUUUUUAAGUAAGGACAUUUUUUUCGAGAGCGUG